CAUUCAGUCAAAUCCAGCCAGCUGCUGUGCUAUAAUGUUCGGAGAAAACGCUCCAGCAUUAUUCCCCUCACAAAACACAUCGAGAGCGAAUAUAGCACAAUUUCCGAAUUAAAAGUUCAAAACAAAUCGAAAUUUCGGAAGCUUCGUGACUGUGGUUUCAUCGCGAUUAGUAUUUUGUGGAAUAACGUUCAAUUAUUUCGAGUGAUGUGGACAAGAAAAACACGAAAAAGCCAAAUAGCACAGAGAUGAAUUUUCCGAUAACAGGUCUUACUACUUUUCUGCAUUUUCAAUCGUAUCUAAUCUGUUCUGAAACAGCUGUUAGUUUUCACAUUCCAAAAUAGAAAAUAGAUGUUUCCAUAGACCGUCAUUGAUUUUUCCAAUAUUUGUAGCGUUAUGUAUUGUUGUCUGUUAGGGGUGUUUAUUUAUUUUAAUUCGUGAAACUAUUACGUUCGAUCAAUAAUGACUGAGGAUGUUGUAUUGCUGACCACAUUCACGAACGCUGCGAAAAAAUUGCGCGUUAUUUUUCACAAAGGUGUGCUGAUUUGGGAUUACGAAAAACCACCCUUUGAGCAGAAGAGCGUCAAGCUAGAAAAUAUCAUAUCGGUAAAACCUGAUUACUUGAAAUGCAGUCAUCCAUCACAAGAGCCAGAGUUGGAUCCAUACUCUUUUACUAUACAUUACGGUUUUAGAGAACCUUGUGGUAAAUGGAAACAUAAAAGUCUGAAUUUGAAGCAUACUGAUCCCCUACAGGUUACAUCAUGGAUAAAGACGUUGGAAAAACAACUUGGAGAUAUGGCCCAGCGGCCGAAAAAGCUGCUGAUCUUCAUAAACCCAUUCGGAGGCAGGAAAAAUUCCAUGCAAAUCUACACCCGAUAUGGAAAGCCACUUUUCGAGAUAGCUGGUGUCGACGUUACAGUGAACGUCUCCCAGAGAAAAGAUCAAAUACGUGAUUUUUUGAUAAAUGGCAGUUUGGAAAUGUUCGAUUCAGUGGCGUGCGUGGGGGGAGAUGGAACAGUUUCCGAACUGUUCAACGGUCUCGUUUUGAGAGAAUGCAGAAACAAAGGAAUUGAUGCUGAUAAUAUCAACACACCACUUCCUAGUCCAAGACUACCCAUUGGUAUUAUUCCAGGUGGUAGUACGGAUACUAUAGCUUACUGUCUUCAUGGAACCACAGACCCUACUACUGCAGUUUUUCAUAUAAUUUUUGGAGAUUCUGUCGGUUUGGAUUUGGUAUCUGUUUAUAAUGAGGAUCAACUUUUGAAACUCUACGCAAGUGUACUUAGUUAUGGUUAUUUGGGAGAUGUAGCAUAUAAUAGUGAUAGGCACAGGUGGAUGGGACCCCAACGUUAUAACUAUUCAGGCUUUAAGAAACUCCUAGCAAACAACGGCUAUCAAGGGGAAGUUGCGAUAUUAACUGAAAAAAACGAAAUACCUUCAGAAAAAUGCUUCGAAAAUUGUAGCACUUGCAGCAAUGAAUCUGGUGAAGGAAAGGUCAAGGCCCAGUGGAAAACUAUAAAGGGGAAGUUUUUCAUGAUUAGUGGUGCCAAUAUAAGUUGUGCUUGUAGCCACAGUCCCAACGGAAUCGCACCUUAUAGCCAUCUGGGUGAUGGUAACAUGCAUUUAGUAUUAGUUAGACAUGGUUCAUUCUUCAACAAUUUGAGACUCCUUCUGAACUUGUCGAAUAAGAAAAAACACAUUGAGGAAUUGCCUUUUGUCGAAACCUAUUCAGCCAAAGAGUUCUGUUUUAGAUCUCUAGGGUCAACUAGUAGAUGGAAUUGUGAUGGUGAAAUACAACACCAAUCUAAUAUUCGCGCCAAAGUGAGCAGACAACUUCUUACCAUCUUCAGUAGAGGAAGACCAGAAGUUGCCGAAACUAUGACGAAAUGCUGUGGAAUGUGAUGCCUUUUUUGAACGUAUUUUUCAAAUUUUAUUAUAUGUUAUCGAAAUUGUUGAUCAACGUUGGAUAAUAGGUGAUAAAUUUCGAGAGAUGACCAAGACUACAGAAUAAACCAAGAGUGAUUUAGAUCAUUGGUGUUUUUUGUAUUAAGAUGCACACACCAUGACAAAUUGGCAAUAUUAUCUUGUAACAUGCUUUAUCGUUCGAUACAUAGAACGAUACAGUAUUUGCUCAGUAUUGACAAGGGAAUAUUUGUGAUAGUAGAAUAUUUAUUGUGAGAUUGAAAGAUUUCAGGGUAUCCUAUAAAUCCAGCAAAUUGCAUUUUUUUUGGAGUAUCGUUCUCCUAGAUCAUUUUAUUUCACAGAGCUUUUUUGUACUCAAUCGCUUCCGUGAUUUAUUUAUAUAUUAGUACACUUUUAAAUACAUGUUUUUUGUGCUGCAUGUUCUUGCCUUGCAAUAUAAGCUCAAUAUUCCAUUUUUCAGAAUUCAAUAAAAUCUUAUAGUCGACCAUGAAUAUUCUAACUUUUAUAAGAUCAUAGUUGGGACUGCACCUAAAGUUCUCAAAUUAUUUCUGGAAAUUUUAAAGAUUGAUGUUGCAUUUAAUUAGGUUAGAAUUUUUAAUAUUUUUGAUGCCUAUUUAAUAAAGAGAUUUUCUUAUA